AUGGCUUGGCGGCGGCCGUUUGGCGAACGAAGCAACGCUUCGGGGACGGUGGGAGAUGCCCAAAGGGAGCAGAUCUCUGCCGGAAGCACCCAGUACAUUGGUGAAAAGGGAGGCAACGAUGCACCGCCUACCUACCAGGACGCGUCGGGUGCGCCUGUCGAGAACAACUCCCCGCUGGGGUACUCCGUCGGUCCGGUGACCAUCACUCUGCUGAACAUCACGAUGAUGAUUGGCGCUGGUAUCUACUCUACGCCGGCCAGCAUCUUGGCGGGCACGGGCUCUGUGGGCGUCAGUUUUGUGUACUGGACACUCGGUUACAUGCUGUGUCUCGCAUCGGGGGCCGUCUAUCUCGAAUUCACCGCGUACUUCCCCAGUCGUUCCGGCUCCGAGGUGGUCUUCCUCGAGCAGGCAUACCCCCGGCCCAUGUGGCUCUUCCCGACGACGUUUGCCGUCCAGAGUGUCAUUCUCUCCUUUGGAAGCGCCAAUGCUACGGUCAUGGCCAACUAUCUCAUCGCCAUCUCGGGCCACGAAGGCACUAAUUGGCAGAUCAAGGGUACCGCUCUCGCAUGCUACAGUCUCGCGACCUUGACACUCGUGUUCAACACCAAGUACGCCUACUGGUUCUCUAACGGCGUCGGCGUCGUCAAGAUCUGCACGCUGCUCUUCGUCAUCAUCACUGGCUUCGUCGUGCUGGGCGGCGGCACCAAGGUCGAGAACCCCACGGCCAACUUCCAGGACGCGUGGUCUGGUAGCUCGACGGCCAGCGCGUACGGCAUGACGACGGCGCUGUACCGCAUCAUCUUCUCGUACGGAGGCUACAACAACGCCUUCAACGUGGCCAACGAAGUCAAGAACCCCGUCAGGUCGCUCAAGAUCUACGCAACGGCAGCAUUGACGACCGUGUACAUCCUGUACAUGUUUGCAAACGUUGCCUUCUUCGCUGCCGUCCCGAGAGACGAGUUCGAGAACUCUGGCCUCACUGUCGCCAGUCUCUUCUUCGAGCAUGUGUUUGGCAAUAGCGGCGCCGUCCGCGGCCUCAACUUUCUCAUCGCGUUGGCCUCCUUUGGCAACAUGAUCGCCGUCAUCAUCGGCUUGUCUCGUCGCAUCAGAGAGUGCGGUCGCCAGGGUGUCCUGCCUUGGACCACGUUCUGGGUUUCCACCAAGCCCUUCGGAACCCCUCUUGGGCCGUACCUGGUGAUCUGGUUCUUGACUGCUCUGAUGAUCCUCGCCGUCCCCGCCGGAGACGCGUUCACCUUUGUGAACGAUCUCGGCGUCUUCCCGGCGGCCGCUUUCAACCUCGCAAUGGCCGUGGGCAUCUAUGUCGUCCGCUGGCGCCGCAGAAAGGCGAAUCUCCCCGAGCCCGAAUUUAAAGCGUGGCACGUGGUGAUUAUCUUUAACAUCUGCAUCCAGCUCUACCUUCUCAUCAUGCCGUGGUAUCCUCCCGCAGGUGGCCAGUACGCCGGUGACGUGAGCUUCUGGUACGCGACGUACGCCGUGACUGGUAUCGGAAUUCUUCUCACAUGCGCCAUCUACUACUGGCUAUGGGCGUUCCUCCUGCCCAAGUGGAAAGGCUACAAGUUGCGACAGGAGCUCAUCAGCCUUGACGACGGCGCUCAGAGCAACAAGCUCCGAAAGGUGCCGAUUUCCGAGGUGGACGAGUGGGAUGCUACUCACGACGCCGCCGGGCGCCUUCUCGGUCCGUCUGCCGGCGAGACGCUCGUGCAAGAGAAGGGGUUGCGAACAUCUUCGGAUGGUAGUAAUUCGGACGAGGGCAAGCAGGUUUCGAGUACCAUUCGUGAGAGUAAUUAG